GCCGGCAAAACCCGACCCUGCGCAGCGCCGCUGCCGCCGCGAAGGCAGCCCGCGCGUAGCGACGGACCGCCAGUCCGCGUGCAAGACAUCAACGAAGGCAGCCACGAGGCCCGCCCAGCUUCCCGCGCGGAAAACGGCGCGGAAGUGACCAAAACAGCCGAUGAGCACCCCGCCGCGCACGCCGACGCGGCGCCUCCGCCGCACGGACUCGGGCCGGUCCGGCUCGGCCUCCUCCGGAAGAUCGUCAAGGAGCCGCCGCCGCACGCCGUCGCCGCACGGCUCGCGGAGCGCGCGGUCGGGCUCGGCGUCCUCGGGACGCUCGUCGCGGAGCCGCGGGCGGUCGGCGUCGCGGUCGGCCUCGCCCACGGCCUCGAUCGCGUCGAAGUCGACGGCGGCGGACGUCGAGCGGCCGCCGUGGUGGGACCCCUGGGAAAGUAGGCUGUGCCCCGACGAGAGGCAGGUUUUUGGACUGCGCGAGUUCUGGGGCUCCACGGGCGGGCGGCUCGGGCGCUGGGUCGCGGACGAGGGCUGGCGGCCGCCGCCGCCCAAGUUGAAUCUGGACGAGCACGACGAUGUUGAUGAUCCGCUCGAGAAGCUCUGCGGGAAAGAUCUCGAGUUCAAGCCCAGACGGGGCGUGACCUGGGUCGACGGGGCCGUGUGCAAGCUCGAACUCGUAAGACAUGGGUUGGAAGGACCGCUGCCCGGUCCCCGAGGUUUGGCGGUUUUGCGGACGUGCGUCGUUCUUAACCUAAGAGGCAACGCCCUGUCGGGAAAUAUCCCGGGCGAUAUUGGGAAUAUGGUCGCCUUGGAACAUUUAGAUCUGGCGGAGAAUGACUUGGAGGGCGCCAUUCCAUCAGAUUUGGUGUACUGUAAACAGUUGCGAGUUUUGAGACUGGAAGACAACAACCUGUUCGGCCCCGUGAACAUUGGUGUCAUGGAAAAUCUGGAAGAGCUCUGCGCCCAGCGGAACCGGUUGUCGGGCAAGUUACCGGACGAGCUCGGCGACUGCACGAAGCUCGAAUUGAUACUGUUACACGACAACGCGAAUUUGAGGGGAGCGCUGCCGCCGUCGCUGGUCAACUGCGUCUCCCUCAAACGCCUGCUCCUCUGCGGCACGCGCAUUGAUCCGAGGUCCCUGCGCGGGGACCUCGCGGAGAAGUUUGCGGAGAUAGGCUGCGACGUCCAGGUGUCGCCGCCCCAGGUCUCCGAGGAUUCGCUCGUCCAGGCCUCGCGGGAUAGGUCCGGUAGUGGGUAAUUGUUGUUAAACUA